UGAUUUUUGCAUUUCUGAUUUUCCAGAGCAAGCCACCGACAGCUCCCUGGCAUCGGAAAAUUGGGCCCUAAAUAUGGAAAUAUGCGAUAUGAUUAAUGAAUCUUCUGACACGGCACGUGACGCCAUGAAAGCCAUACGGAAAAGGCUCUCUCAAAAUGCUGGGAAAGAUAAUCAAGUUAUCAUGUAUACUCUUACUGUAUUGGAGACUUGCGUCAAAAACUGUGGCAAGGCGUUUCAUGUUUUAGUUGCUCAGAAGGAUUUCAUUCAGGAACUGGUCAAAUUAAUUGGUCCCAAAAAUGACCCACCAGCUUUGAUGCAGGAAAAAGUUUUGAGCUUAAUUCAAAUUUGGGCGGAUGCUUUUAAAAAUCAACCCGAUUUGAAUGGUGUUACACAAAUGUAUAUGGAGUUGAAGAAUAAGGGAAUCGAAUUCCCGCAAACGGAUAUUGAGAACUUGGCACCAAUUUAUACCCCACAGCGUAGUGUACCCGAGCCUCCGCCGCAACAUGUUCAACAAACGAUUUCUCCACAACACGCAAUGCCCAUAGCACCACAUAGUAAUGGACCCACCGUUUUGAGUGCAGAGCAAACAGCUAAAUUACAAUCAGAAUUGGAAAUCGUGGCCCAUAAUAUGUCUGUACUUGGGGAAAUGCUUACUGAGUUGAAACCAGGACAGGAGGAUCCAGACGACUAUGCUUUGCUGACUGAAUUAACAUCAACUUGCAAAGAAAUGCAAGGCCGUAUUGUCGAUUUAAUUGGGCGAAUUAAUGACGACGAACUAACAGCUGAGUUACUACGCCUUAAUGAUGAACUAAACAAUUUAUUCUUGCGCCACCAACGAUACGAAAAGAAUCGAUCUAGCAGCAGUGCUACCUCGCCUUCCGCUAUUUUAGGCGCUGCUAUAGGGGCACCGCCACCAACUAGUGCCUCACAAGCUGGCACAAUAGAAAAUGAUCCACGGUUAAUAGAUCUGGAUGCAAGAGUCGAUAAACUAUCAAAUUCAUUUAGCUUUAUGAACACGAGUGCAGCUAAACCUCAAAACAAAGAUGUGGAUGAAUUCGAUAUGUUGGCGCAAUCGAGGACCGACACAAAUAACAAAAGCGAUCUGUUGAAAGACAUUCCCACAGUUGAUGCAGCAGCUGGUAGUAUUAAUUUACCUUUCAAGCGUACUAAAGAAACUGCGGCUAUAAGUAAACCGGCAAGAGAAAACGAAGUUGAUGAGAUGGAGGCAUGGUUAGGCAGUUCUAAAGAGGGCGCUGAGGGAUUUGAGGAAACCUUAACGAGCACAGAGUUUGAUAAAUUUUUGGAAGAGAGAGCAGCAGCCGCCGAAAAUCUUCCAAACCUAACGGCAACCAACUCGAAUACCAGCGCAAAUAAUGCCGUCGGAGUUGAUAACCAAAAGAAAUCGACUAAAAAACCCGGUGAUGAUGAUUUGCUUAUUCUAUGAGGAUUCACGUUCAGGAGUCGCACAUAUAACAUAACCAUUUUUUAAAUGUCUACAGCUAGCAUUUGCAAAUAUGUAAUGUAUUUAUUAUCAUUUAAAAGUGCGUAAGAAUGGAAAGUUAUGAUUUCCAAGUAUAUUUCAAAAAUAUGUUAUUUACUGUAUAAGUAUUGAUUGCAGCUAAACAAAGCCAUAUGUGAAAUCAUUUCUUGCGCAUAUGCAUUACUUAGUUUUUGGGCUUGCGUUUCAUUAUGAAAUUACUUAGUUUGUAUAAUGAAUUUCACUCUAUAUAUGUAUGUAUAUCAUGUAUUUCGUGUGGUAAAAUUGCUACAUUUUUUUGAGACAUUGUUUGUCAAGUAAGAUGUUAAAACAAACAUAUAUGUAUUGACCAAAGCUCAAACGUUAAAUUCAUUUAACUAUUGUACAUACAUACAUUUAUAUGUAUUGAGUAUACAAAUAUUUAACUCGAUAAAGACUAUAAAUUUGUUCUUUCCUUAUUUAGGUGCAUUACAUGUAUUUGAUUGUUAAUAUUUUCUAGUAACUUUUGUGUAAUUUAAGUUUUGUUUAUAAACCAAAUUGUAAUCAAAAUUAU